GCUGCUCCAAAUGGAUUUUUAUUAACGUUACAUUUAAUCGGAGGCGUUUCACUACUGAUGAAUCUUUUGGCAAUGUAUAUGAUAUGGUUCCAGUCAGCAGGCAUGUAUGGAUAUAGACAUUGUCUUACAUAUGUGCAGAUAGUUUCCUUCUUAGUUGAAAUCAUUAUGGCAUGGAUGAUUCCACUCCAUAUUUUCUUUCCACUGGUAGCUGCCAUUACGUUGAGAGAAGGUCAUCGCAUAAUAAUGAGUAAUCAAAUGGCUCUCACAAUAUGGAUAUUCCUGCUCUGUCUUGUUCUUCCGGCGAGUAUAACUUGUUUUAUCUACAGACAUGAUGCAGCUUUGCAAAUCAAUGAAAACAACUCCAGUAAAUAUUCCCACAAAAAACUUGCCAUGAUUUUAAAUCACAUUUUCCCAUUUCUCACCGCCAUCGGCACCUCAAAUUGUCAAAGUACUAUUGAGCAGAAAUAUGAAUAUGUGCUGCAGAAUUACCCACAGUGCAUAUCUUGGGUAGCAUCAGAAAAUUUCGAGGCGUAUGACUAUCAUGUGAAUCCUUGGCUUGUAAGGACGGUUAGUGCGGGGAUUGGAUUUAUGGUCGUCAGUACAAUCCAUGGCGCCUGUCUUGGCGUUCAUACAAUGAUUGUCCUCCAACGCCUCCGAUCCCAUAUGUCCGUACAAAUCUAUCAGACGCACCGAACAGCCCUCAUAAGUUUAGCAAUGCAAAUGGCCUGUCCUUGUGUUUUCAUUUUUCCGGUUUAUUUUUAUGCUGUAGUUUCCUGGUUAGAAGCUGUUGAGUUGCAAGUAUUCGUAGCCUGGUGUCCAUGUAUAGUGUCAACACAUUCACUUUUGCUAUGCACUGUGAUGAUCAUGAGGAAUAAGAACUACCGUUACGUUUUGAAAGAGAAGCUCUCGAAAGUGUUAAGGCAUGUAAUGAACAUAGAUCAAUAUCUCUGAAG